CCGGCCUCGUCAGAUCCGGGCUGGUAUGGGGAAUGGGGGCUCAGGGGAAGAGCACACGGAUGGCAGAGAGGGAGAGAUGAUGCGAUGAUGCGAUGAUGCAAGCGGGGUGAAGCAUCUCGCCCCUGCCUGCUCUCAUUCUCAUGCUCCGCCCCGCUUUUCGCUGCUAAAUCCUUGCGCCUCCACUGUGUGCUCCCCUGGUCUUGAAUACGGGUUUAGUGGGUGGGUUCCUUCACACUGCUUUCCACGCCCCACUCUGUUUCAUCGACCGAGAGUUGUGUGGCACUUCACUGCAGCAGCUCUUUGCGUGGUCCUGUUUCCCUCGGCGUCCACAGAGGUUUGUGGGUGCAGAAGUUGGCAGAUAUGGCGAAGGAAGGGGCGAGGCAUUUGGUGAGCAACAUUGGCGGAGUUUUGCCGAAACAUGAGGUCCUCAAGUCGACUGAAGAGUACGAGAAGUAUCAUGCUAUGCACGGAGGCGACAAAGAAGCAAGAAAGAGCAAUUACACUGACAUGGUGAACAAGUACUACGACCUUGUUAACAGCUUCUACGAGUAUGGGUGGGGAGAGUCUUACCACUUUGCCAACAGAUGGCGCGGGGAAACGCUUCGUGAAAGCAUUAAACGACACGAGCAUUUUCUGGCUUUGCAUCUUCAUUUGAAACCAGGAAUGAAGGUGUUGGAUGUCGGGUGUGGAAUUGGUGGUCCUGCUCGUGGAAUCGCGGCAUUUAGGCGAGUUCUCUGCUUUUCCACUCUGAACUAGGCAACGUGUUAGGCAUGUGAGUUGUUUUAGGAGGUUUUGGAGAUGGGGUCGGUUGGUUGAUCCAGUUAGUUUGAUUGACGCGCAAGGACGCAUCACCUGUCAGCAAGAUGUGAUACAUGUUGAAA